GGUUUCUGAAUUUCUACUAGUGAUUCCUACUGGACUUAAACAAGUGCCUAAGGACACCCUAAAACGUAGACAUGGUUGAGUGGACAGAUGCUGAGCGAAGUGCCAUCACUGACCUGUGGGGAAGGCUCAAUCCCGAUGAAAUCGGACCUCUGGCCAUGGCCAGGUGUCUGAUCGUGUAUCCCUGGACUCAGAGAUAUUUCUCCACCUUUGGAAACCUGUCAAGCCCCGCUGCGAUCAUGGGUAACUCCAGGGUGGCAGGUCACGGGAGGACUGUGAUGGGAGGUAUGGGGAGAGCCAUCAAGAACAUGGAUAACAUCAAAAACUUAGGGAAAGAAUCCUGUUCUUAACUGUUAGCAAGUUUU